AUGUCACAGAACAACAGAGUCUCCACAGAGAUGCAGCAGCCCAGAGCGUCCUCGUCGUCCUCACGUAGGCCGACUACCACCACAGACACAAGUCGUGAGAUGGUGACAUUGACGACGGGGCACACGACCGACUGCUCCCGUUGUCUUCCUCGGUUCAUGAGGCCCACGUUCUCCCCGGCCUCGCUGGAAAAGCUCUACCAGACCUACUUCCAGAGGCAGCGCCAAGAAACCCUGUUGGUCCUACUGGUGUUCGCUGUGCUCUUCAACGCAUACGUCAUCAUCAUGUGUGCUGUGCAGUACUCAGUGGAUAAGAAGGGCACCAUCGCGGCGGCGGCCGUGGGCCUGUCGGUGGACAUGGCGUUCUACGUCCUGUGCCGCCUGCGUCCGGUCCGGCGCCCGGCGGGCCUGCGCACGUUCGUGCCCUGUGUGGCCUGGCUCCUCAUCACCAUGCACGUGCUGAUCUACCUGGGCCUGAACUUCGCGGGCGUCACGCAGGCGGGCGACGCGGUGGGCUGGCAGACCUUCUUCGCCUUCGUCUUCUUCCUCACGCUGCCGCUGCGCGUCUCGGCCAUCCUGCUGCUCACGCUCACCUCCUGCGCCGUGCACACCGCCAUCCUGGCCGUCACCCUCGGCCUGUACCACGCCACCAACACGCAGCAUGCCACCAUCAUAGUCAGACAGCUGUUUGCAGACUGGAUGCUGUAUGGGGGAGCAGUGUGUGUUGGGGUGGUGUCCUACUUUAUGGCGGAUCGGCGGUACAGGAGAGCCUUCAUGGAGGCACGGCAGUCUCUGGAAGUCAGCCUCACACUAGAGGACCAGAGCCAACAACAGGAGGAGCUGUUGUUGUCUAUUCUGCCGAAACACAUCGCAGAUGAGAUGUUGCAGGGGAUGAGAGAUGACAACCAACAGAAAGACAUGCAGUUCAACACCAUGUACAUGUACAGACACGAGAACGUCAGUAUUCUGUUUGCAGAUAUCGUGGGCUUUACCCAGCUGUCAUCGGCGUGCAGUGCACAGGAACUGGUCAAACUCCUCAAUGAACUGUUUGCACGCUUUGACAAGCUAGCGCAACAACACCAUCAGCUGAGAAUAAAGAUCCUGGGCGACUGUUACUACUGUAUCUGCGGCCUACCUGAUUACCGUGACGACCACGCAGCCUGCUCCAUACGCAUGGGCCUCGCCAUGGUCAAGGCCAUCUCGUACGUGCGUGAGAAGACAGGCACUGACGUGGACAUGCGCGUGGGGGUGCACACGGGGACAGUGCUAGGAGGGGUGCUGGGACAGAAGAGGUGGCAGUUUGACGUCUGGUCGACUGACGUCACCGUGGCCAACAAGAUGGAGUCCGGAGGAAUACCGGGUCGUGUCCACAUCUCCCAGAGUACCUUCUCGUGCCUGCAUGGGGAGUUUGAGGUGGAGGAGGGGAACGGGGGCGAUCGCUGUGAGUACCUGCUGGAGAAGGGCAUCGAUACCUUCCUGGUCAUCACACCCCCCCAGGAAGACACACCCACACCGCAGCAUAACGGCAUGGCAAAUGGCACUGCUCCCCAGCUGAUCAACACCAAGGAGAGUAGUGGGAGUGUGUCAUCAGUGCGCUCCGCACACACACAGAACGGCAGCGUGACGGCCCUCCAGUCCACACCUACACACACCGAUGACCAGAUGGCCGCCAUGAUGGAGAAAGGCAUUCAGAAGAACGAACAGGAGCUGAACCGCCUCUUACACAAGUCUCUACUGGAGAGAGAGACAGAGGAAAUAGCAAAGGAGAAGCGUGUGAACGGCGUGUCGCUGCGCUUCCAUGACCCCGAGCUGGAGACGCGCUACUCCACGGAGGAGGAGACUCAGACGGGCAUGGCCUUCACAUGCAGCUGUGUGGUGCUCGUAGCCUGCUCCGCCAUGCAGAUACUCAUAGACCCACUGCUGGUGGUGAACUAUGUGACCCUUGCCAUUGGUGAAAGCCUCCUACUCAUCCUCACCAUCUGCUCAUUGGCCGCCAUCUUUCCUCGACUGUUCCCAGAGAAGCUGGUGUCCUUCUCCCUGUGGAUCGACCGGACUCGCUGGGCUCGCAACAUCUGGGCGGCCGCCGCCAUCUUUGUCCUCACCAUGGCUGAGGUCGCCGACAUGGUCAGUCACCUGAUUAAGCUGGCCCUCAUGCUGCUGGUUGUAGUAGCAACCGGAGCCGUCAACAUCUACAGCUGGAGGCACACCUACGACAUCUAUGACCUCAUCCGUUACAUUAACUACAGAAGUCCUGUGGUGCCCUCCAAGUACUUGAUGACUGUGAUGAUCAUCAUCAUGAUGCUUAGUCUCUACUACUUCACCAGACAUGUUGAGCGGCAGGCGCGGCAGCUGUUCGUGUGGCGCGUGGCGGUGCGCGGCCAGAAGGAGCAGGUGGAGGACAUGAGGCGCUACAACGAGGCGCUCGUCAUCAACAUGCUGCCCGAACACGUAGCCAAACACUUCCUGGGGUCCAAGAAGAGAGAUGAGGAGCUGUACAGCCAGGCGUAUGACGAGGUCGGGGUGAUGUUUGCCUCCAUUCCCAACUUUGCCGACUUCUACACAGAGGAGGGCAUCAACAACGGAGGCAUCGAGUGCCUGCGCAUCCUGAAUGAGAUCAUUUCGGACUUUGACAAUCUGUUGAACAGGCCAGAGUUCUUCAGCAUCACUAAGAUCAAGACCAUUGGCAGUACCUACAUGGCCGCAUCGGGAGUUAGUCCAGAGAGCAACACCAACUGCUACACCAAGUGCAAGAAAGAGGACCUUCCUCUUACGGAACGUUGGCAGCACCUGUCAGAUCUGGCCGACUUUGCUCUGGCUAUGAAGGUCACUCUCACCAACCUCAACAACCAGUCGUUCAACAGCUUCAUGCUCCGCAUUGGCUUAAAUAAAGGAGCAGUGUUAGCAGGUGUUAUUGGAGCGCGAAAGCCACACUACGAUAUCUGGGGGAACACAGUCAACGUAGCCAGCAGAAUGGAAUCCACUGGCGUCAUGGGCAAUAUUCAGGUGGUAGAAGACUGCUACAACAUCCUGAAGGAGUAUGGCUUCCGUUUUGUGCGGCGAGGGCCCAUCUUUGUCAAGGGCAAAGGAGAGCUGCUCACUUUCUUCAUGAAGGGCAAAGACGCUGUGCCAUCCAACGGAAUUGCAAUUACAACAUUGCCACAUCAAGUCCUACAGCAGUCUUGACAUACACACACGUGCAUGUGUGCACAAAUGCACGCAUAUGCGUGCGCGCACACACACACACACACACACACACACACACACACACACAC